AUGGCUGCCAGCACCUCCUUGGACAAGCGUGCCGAUGGCGACAGCUCCACCAACACUUCGACGCAAACCACCAGUUUCUUCAACGGAAAUAAUGGGAAUAACGGGGGUAACAACGGUAACAACGGGAACAACGGCGGUUUCGGCUCCGACUCGAUCACCACCACCCCCUCGUCGUCCUCGUCGUCGUCCUCGUCGUCGUCGUUCUCCUCCUUCAGUUCUUCCAGUUCCUCUUUCGACUUCGAGUCCAGAGGGUCCGACAGAGAGUCCGCCAGAGAGUCCUUUUCCAGGUUCUCCGAGUCCUCCAGCCUGAGCGACUCGUCCACCUCCUCGUCCUCGUCCUCAUCUUCGUCCUCCGCCAGCCCAAGCAGAACCAGAGAGCUGUCAGUUGCACCAUCCACCACCUCGUCUUCCUUCGAGGCUUCCUCCACGUCCUCCGAAGAGUCGUCGUCGUCAUCUUCCUCCUCCAGUACCAGACAGACCAGUUCUGCUUCUGCAACCUCCCACUCAGUGACCACUUAUUCCUCGGUUGAUAACGGCAGAACCGUGAUUGUCACCAGUACUGCCAUUAUUUCCAACUCUGCGUCGCCUUCCGCAGCCUCAGACGUCAACAGAACCAGCGACAGUGGUGGCUUGUCCAGCACCAACAAGAUCGUGGUUGGUGUUGUUGUCGGAGUCGGUGGCUCGAUUCUUAUCGGUAUUGUUGCAGUUUUGUUCUACUUAAAGAAGAGAUCCAACAGACAGUACGACAACGGUGGCUGGACCUUCUGGAGAAAGAACGAGAAAGUCAGCAGUGACGAUUUCUUGAGUGGUGAAUUGGGAGUGAGAGACAGAAACUUCAACCAAGGGUCGAAUUUCUGA